AUGGAGAUUGUUCCGGCUCAGCCAAUUCUUGCAAAGCCGACCGUUGUCUUCGAGGCAAGACUUCGAUCAUUCGUUGAGGAUGAUUUGGGAAGCAAUGAUUUGAAAGCUACUCACAAGGUUCUUUCUGAGUUUAUUCAGAAGCCAGAGGUUGAAGACAUUAUUUGCAGCAUUGACGUUGACAUAUUGCCUCUUCUUGCACAGUCUUUAGUCCCAGUUGAAAUCAUCGCCGUUGAAAAUCAAGAAAAGCCUACCCACCUCACACUUCGAGAUGUAUUAAGCCGUUUCUGUGUCUACAGGAUGCAUGGUACUCCGCCACCGCCACCAUUGACACGUUCAUCUGAAGACCAGGAUGGCGUUGAUUCGGAUUUUGAGUACGAUGAGGAUCCAGAGAUACCAUCGGCUGAAGUUUUUGACAUGCCUCAUCAUGAUUUUGAUGGAUGUUGGGAGGAGCUCAUCUUUGAUCAAAAUCAUAAGGAAGAUUUGUCUUGGAUGAUAUCGAAUAUGCUGUUGCUUUCUGCAAUCGCAGUACCUGCAAAGAAAAAAAUGAGUCCAAUGGCUCUUUUUCAUGGUAGUGCCCCACUCAAUCUAGGUCCUCCAGGAACAGGAAAGACAACACUAUGCCAAGCAAUUGCACAACGAUUAGCCAUUCGGUUGGUCGAACAAUUUCCACAUACGAAACUCAUCCAAGUCAAGACAGCGACGCUUUUAUCGAAGUACUAUAGUGAAAGCGCUAGUCAAGUCGAUGAUUUGCUUACCAAGAUCAAAAUAAUGUGCCAAGUCAAUCCAAACCGCAUCAUCAUUGUAUUGAUUGACGAGGUUGAAUCUAUUGCCGUAUCAAGACACUCGGGUGUUAUGCAUGGAGAAGCUCAGGAUUCACUACGAGCUACCAAUGCUCUACUCACUGGUUUUGACAGGGUCAGAGCUUGUCCAAAUGUUGUUUUCAUGUCGACUUCAAACAUGAUUGAUUGUCUCGAUGAAGCAUUCGUCGAUAGAUGUGCUAUCCAGAUUCCAUUCCAACCACCUUCUAAGGAAUCUCAAUACAAAAUCUUAAAGGCAAGUGUGUUAGAGCUUGUGAGAAGACAGAUUAUCAUAGCCGAUGUGUCUGCACUCAUAGAUCACACACAAUUAAUACAAUCCUGGCAGGAGGCUACUCUCUACUCCGUCUUCCAGAAUGAAACUCCUACAGGAAAGCUGCUCAACAUCAUUAAUCAGUUGAACUCGUCGGCUGCAAAGGGAAAACUUGGUAUAUCUGGUCGAUUCCUAACACAGAUUCCCGAGCAGGCUUUGAUGAGAUGCGCCAGGCCAAACAAGAUUUUGCAUCUGGAUGUCGCUUUGGAUUGCAUCAAAAUUUCGUUGAAGAGCUGUUGA